CGCGCCACUACUUACUUUUAAAAAGCAACCUGUUUGCUUCUUCAAAAGUAGAUAUAAAAGUAGCACUGGUCAUACCCUCCUUCUUUAAUUAUUUAAGUUAUUAAUUAAUUGUUUUCAUUUUAUUUACGACAAAAUGGUUAUUGAAACUAGAAGAAAAAUCGAAGCUCUUACUAGAGCACUCGUAUUAACAAAUGAGCAACUGGAGAAAGUCUCUGCUCUUCUUCUUCAUCAGUUUUAUAAAGGCCUUUCACAUACCACACACAAGGAAGCAUCCGUUAAGAUGUUUCCGACUUACGUGACGGAUGUGCCUGAUGGAACCGAACAAGGAAAAUUUUUAGCAUUAGACUUGGGUGGUACAAAUUUCAGAGUCUUACUCAUUGAUCUUAAUGGAGAUGACUUCCACAUGGAAAAUCAGACAUACGCUAUUCCACAAGAAAUGAUGUUAGGAGCUGGCACACAGUUGUUUGACCACAUAGCUGAGUGCCUGGCCAACUUCAUGGAAAAGCAAAAUGUCAAAAAACAAAAACUGCCACUUGGGUUUACUUUCAGUUUUCCCUGUCAACAGGAAGGUCUGACCAGUGCUAGAUUAGUAAAAUGGACAAAAGGAUUCAAAUGCAGUGGAGUAGAAGGUGAAGAUGUCGUGCAAUUACUGCGUGAUGCUGUGGAACGUCGUGGGGAUAUAGAUAUCGAUAUUGUAGCCAUUGUAAACGACACAACUGGAACACUCAUGUCCUGUGCCCACAAGAACAGACAGUGCCGAAUUGGUCUUAUAAUUGGAACUGGCACAAAUUCAUGUUACAUGGAAAAUGUAUAUGUGAGAAGGGCAUCAACACCCAGGAGAAAGAUCUCUACUUCUUACAUGGAACGAGUAGAUAACAGUGUCGAUCUUUGGGACAACGAUGCUUACGAACCACGACAAGUAAUAGUAAACACCGAAUGGGGUGCUUUCGGAGACGAUGGAUGUCUUGAUUUUCUUAGAACAAAAUAUGAUCAUGAAGUUGAUGCUCAUUCACUUAAUCCAGGAAAACAGCUAUUUGAAAAAAUGAUAUCUGGCAUGUAUAUGGGAGAAGUAGCCAGAAGGGUAUUAGUACACCUAACAAAUGAAGGAUUGCUUUUCAAUGGCAAAGGAUCUGACCUUCUCUACACGCAAUAUGCUUUUAAGACACAGUAUAUUUCAAUGAUUGAAAGCGAUAGGAAGUAUGUCUAUGAUGAAACACGUAACGUACUUAACCAGUUAGGAUUGACUCAUGCCACGAAUGAUGACUGUAACAAUGUCAAACUUGUCUGUGCAAGAAUAUCUACCAGAGCAGCUUUCCUUGUUUCUGCAGCUGUAUCAACUAUCCUAAACAAAAUUAAGAGGCCAUAUACAACAAUUGGAGUUGAUGGUUCUGUAUACAAGUUCCAUCCUCACUUCCAUGAUUUGAUGGAAAAGAAAAUUGAAGAAUUAGUAAUGCCUGAUUAUAAGUUUGACUUGAUGCUGUCAGAAGAUGGAAGUGGCAGAGGAGCGGCACUAGUCGCUGCAGUGGCUGUUAGAACAAAGGAAUGACAAAGAUUUUAGUAAUUGAAAAUUUUGUUGGACAUCAUUCCUGGUUGUAAAUAUGUCAUAUGGAUUGAAAAUUCAUUCCGAGCAUGCGCAAGUUAUUCCUACCAGAGGAUUAGUCAAAAGCCACGAGUGAUUCAAACAUCUGAGCAGCUGUGAUCAUAUUUUUAUAGUGCAAUGUGUGUCAAUUGUAAAAUUGAACUGAAAGACCCGUCAUUAGUCACGAAUAGAUAUAUUUUAAUGUAUAUAAUUAAUGUUAAGCUUAUUAGAAUAAAAUGCUUUAUAUGUUCUCUGUCUUUAUCUUAAAAGAUUUGAUUUUAUAUUCUAGAUUUUGUGAUAAAUUUUUCUAUAAUUAUGUACAAACUGCAUCUAUUUAGAUAAUAUUUAACUGCAUUAACUUUUGUAAAUUAUAUAUAAUCUUAGAGACAAAACAAACAAUUUGUAACAUAUGUGGAAAUUGUUACAUGUGUUCCUCAUGUCUAUAAUUAAUAUAUAUACAUAUAUAUCUUUUGUGCAUUCUGUAAACAUGUUCAAUAAAUAAAAUUCUUUGCCAAAUAAGAAAUUA